UUUGGCAACCGCACAAGGCGCCAGACCUGCACCCGGCCGGCCGGCUGGCCGGCUCUCCAAGGACCUCCCUGCAGACGCUAGUCUGCGACUAGUUUGGCCGUGGCUCGCCUGCUUUUGUGCUUAACGACACAUCGGUCCUCAGCCGGUCCUUUUCUUUUUCCAACAUGGUCGCCGCGGGAGGUUCGGCCGACUCGGCGGCCAUCAAGAUCGUUUCGGCCGGGUUGGCCGGCUGCGUGGCCGACCUGGUCACCUUCCCGCUGGACACGGCCAAAGUCAGACUGCAGAUUCAAGGCGAGUCGGAGCCCUUGGUGAGAGGCCAGAGGGCCACGUACAGAGGCGUGAUGGGCACCAUCUUCACCAUCGUGAGGAGCGAGGGGCCCCGGGGCCUCUACAGCGGACUGGUGGCCGGCCUGCACAGACAGAUGAGCUUCGCCUCGGUGCGAGUGGGCCUCUAUGACACCAUGAAGGGCUUCUACAGCGGAGGCUCAGAGAGCGCCAGCAUCGCGGCCCGGUUGCUGGCGGGCGCCACCACGGGCGCCAUGGCGGUGGCGGCGGCCCAGCCCACCGACGUGGUCAAAGUCCGCUUCCAGGCGCAGGUACGCCUGCCCCAGGGCGGCUCGGCCACCAGGUACGGCGGCACCUUGGACGCCUACAGGACCAUCGCCAGGGACGAGGGGCUCCGAGGUCUCUGGAAAGGUUGUCUGCCAAACAUCGCCCGCAACGCCAUUGUGAAUUGCUGCGAGAUGGUCACCUAUGACAUCAUCAAGGAGCGCAUCCUGCAGUACAAGCUGAUGACAGACAACAUGCCGUGCCACUUCACGGCGGCCUUCGCCGCCGGCUUCUGCACCACGGUGGUGGCGUCCCCGGUGGACGUGAUCAAAACGCGCUACAUGAACUCGUUUCCGGGCCAGUACGGCGGUGCCGUCAACUGUGCCUUCACCAUGCUGCUCAGAGAGGGGGCCUCCGCCUUCUAUAAAGGAUUCACGGCCUCCUUCCUCCGCUUGGGCUUGUGGAACAUCGUUAUGUUCAUGAGUUACGAGCAAAUUAAAAGAGGUGCGGCGAAAUUGCACAAGUCCCUGGAGGCUUCGUUCUAACCUGUCUGGUGGGCCGUGGCCCUGUAUUUUGAAAC